AACGUUGAAGUUGACGUUUUAUGUAGUAACUCUGCCGAAUGCAUGUGUGUUUAUAAAUACAUACUAAAGGUUCACCCAUUUGGUGAAAGCGAUAUAUCCACAUAGUGUUAUUAACUCUAUCCGACAAUAUGGAUAGGCUUGAAAAUAUAAAUCCGAAGCUUUACAGGAAAUGUGAAGAGCGGCAAAUAACUGAAAGUGAUGAAGACGAUAGUGUCACCGAUGAAAUUGAUUCUAGAGAAAUCUUCGAUCUUAUACGAGGAAUAAAUGAUCCAGAACAUCCAUUAACAUUAGAGGAACUUAAUGUUGUGGAGCUCGACAACAUAUCGGUGGAUAACAGCAAGAAUGAAGUGAAGGUGCUGUUCACUCCAACUAUUCCACACUGCAGUAUGGCAACAAUCAUAGGACUUUCCAUAAGGGUACAGUUGUUGCGUGCAUUACCUCCCAGGUUCAAAGUCAGAGUGGAGAUUGCACCUGGUACUCAUGCUUCAGAAUCAGCUGUUAACAAACAACUAGCUGAUAAGGAGAGAGUUGCAGCUGCACUGGAGAACUCGCACCUGAUUGAAGUCAUUAAUCAGUGCAUCGUUACUUAUUAAGGACAUUGUUGAUGUGAUAGCAUGCUUCAUGAGAACAACUUGUUUUUAUAAAGCAUUUGCAACUGUUGUAAUUGUGGUUAUUUUAUUUGUGCAGCAGCACAAAAAGCACAGUUGUUCAGUAGCACGGAUGCUGUGAUUUGCAGUUUUCAUAUGAAAUAAAAGAUGAUAAAUAUUUUA